GCAUGGAAGAUGGCUACCUACUUUUAUUACCAUUUGUUUAUUACAUCUCACUUUCGAAUGACUAAUAAGAUAAGAAAUUACCAUUUUGUUUGACCACAAUGACCAGUAUGUUGCUUAGAAAGUUCCAAGAUUUAUUUUAGGUUUCACACGGAAACUUGCAUGAUAUUACAAUAAAAAAAAGCAUCUGUGGUUCUUGGAAAGUUCAGAGAGUCACACCAAAAGCAAUGUAAAAAGCAUCAAUAUGGGACUUUAAAGUUCAAAGAGUUGCUGGACACACCGAAAGCAAUCCACCUUUAAAGGCUCCUCUUGCUUGCAUUCACCUUCUUCCUAAUUUGUCUCACUUUCCGGAGUUAUAUUGCAAUCCCUUCACAGUUUUCUUUCUCUUCCUUUCAGAUCUUUACAGCUGUUUGCUCAUAAAUCUUGAUGGCUCUUGUGACCUGCAAAGAAGCCUCAUCUUCUUCUUUCACCCACCAACCCAAGAAAUUUGAUGUCUUCUUGAGUUUUAGAGGUGAAGAUACCCGUCUUGGUUUUGUAGGUCAUUUGUAUAAUGCCUUGUGUCAACGGGGUAUUAACACUUUUAUUGAUAAUAACCUUCAAAGGGGAGAAGAAAUUUCUGUAGGACUUUUCAAAGUCAUUGAAAGUUCAAGGAUUUCAAUAAUUGUAUUCUCUGAAAACUAUGCAUCCUCCAAAUGGUGCUUGGACGAACUUGCCAAGAUUGUUGAGUGUAAGAAAAAAGACCAGUUAGUGCUACCGAUUUUUUACAACAUAGAUCCAUCAGAGGUUCGUAACCAAAAAGGAAAGUUUGGAGAAGCACUAUCUAAACAUGAAGAAAAAUUAAAGGAUUACAAGGUGCAAAGCUGGAGGGAAGCUUUAUUUGAAGUUGCAAAUAUAUCUGGUUGGCAUUACCAGCGUAGUUGCAGCGAGUUUGAAUUUAUCCAAAGAAUUGUUGAAAAGAUCUCAAAUUUCAAAUUAAACUGCUCACCGUUAUUUGUCGCACAAUACCCAGUUGGAAUAAAUUAUCGUGUAAAGACCAUACUUUCAGAUAUUAAGUCAAAUGAUGGUCAUAUAAUAGGUAUCUAUGGCCCUGGUGGAAUUGGUAAGACAACAAUCGCAAAAGCUAUUUUUAAUAGAAUUUGUGAUGAAUUUGAUGGAUUUUGUUAUCUAGAAAAUUUAAGAGAAAGAUCGGGGACAAAUGCUGGUGUAAUCGAACUACAAGAGACGCUUCUUUUUGAGAUCUUAAGGAAUACAAAUUUAAAGGUGGGUAACAAAUCGAGAGGAAUCAAUAUGAUAAAGGAAAGACUUUCAUUUAUGAGGAUCCUUUUAGUUCUUGAUGAUGUGGAUAAACGGAUCCAAAUAGAAAAUUUGCUUGGAAGAUGUGAUUGGUUUGCUUCUGGAAGCAAAAUCAUUAUAACAACAAGAGACAAACACUUAUUAACUACUCUUGGAAAAUGUUGUUCAACCUACAAGGUUAAGGGAUUAGAUCAAGAUGAAGCUCUGGAACUCCUUAGUAUGCAUGCUUUCCAAAGCAACAAACCUAAAGAAGAUUAUUCGGAACUUGCAAAUAGAGUUAUACAACAUGCUAGGGGACUCCCACUAGCUCUGGUAAUAAUGGGUGCUGAUUUGAAUGGAAGAACUAAACCUCAGUGGGGAAGUGCAGUAGAUAAGUAUGAAAGAAUUCCUAAUGAAGAAAUUCAAAAAAUUCUCGAAAUAAGCUAUAAAGGAUUGGAUGAAACUGAAAAAGAUAUUUUCCUUGAUAUCGCAUGCUUCUUUAAGGGAUAUUUUAAGGAGUAUGUCAUGGAUAUAUUGAAUGCUUGCGAUUUACAUCCAAUUUAUGGAAUACAAAAACUUUUUGAUAAGUGCCUAAUAACUGUUGAUCAAUAUGAUAGAUUGUUGAUGCAUGACUUACUCCAACAAAUGGGUAGGGACAUUAUUCGACGGGAAUCGCCACAAAUGCCCGGAGAGCGUAGUAGGCUAUGGUGUUAUGAGGAUGUUCAUAAAGUACUAACACAAAAUACGGGAUCAGAAAAAAUUCGAGGCAUAAGGAUAUGCUCACCUGAAUCAUCAAAGAUGAAAUUAGAACCUAAAUGUCUUGAAAAGAUGAAAAAUCUCAAGUUCCUCAUAGUUAGUAAUGUAGAUAUUUGCAGAGGUCUUAAAUAUCUUCCUAACGAAUUAAGGGUUCUUGAUUGGUCCGGAUUUCCUUUAUCUUCCUUACCACCUAAUUUUGAUCCUCAAAAUCUCAUUGCACUGAACAUGCCAGAAAGUCGAGUUACAUUGGACAAGCUUUUCAAGAGGAUACAAUGCAAAAACUUGACAUAUAUGAAUUUCAAUUUCAAUCAAUACGUUAGGGAAUUACCCGACUUAUUGAGUGCCACCCCAAAUGUAAAGAAAUUGGAUCUCCGAAGUUGUAAAAAAUUAGUCAAGAUUCAUGACUCUGUUGGAUAUCUUGAUAAGCUUGAAAGCUGGGACCUUUGGGGUUGCAAUGAACUUCAAAUUCUUCCAAGUUGUAUUGUGAUGAAAUCCCUUAAACAUUUAUUUCUUUUUGAUUGCAAAAGGGUUAAAAGGUUCCCCGAUAUUCUACAAGAAAUGGAAAAUUUAAAGUUUUUAUGUCUGAGAGGCACUGCUAUUAGAGAGCUUCCUCCAUCAAUUGAGAAUCUUACUGGGCUUGAGCGAUUAGAAAUAGGUUCCAGUUUCUAUUCGUGUCAACUUCCUAGUAGCAUUUAUAAAUUGCAACAUCUUCGCAAGCUCUUGCUUUUUGGUAAUGUCAAAUUUCCAAAGGACGUGGGGAUUGGUAGACAAGCAGCAGCGUGCAAUUCUUAUGGUGGCUUUUCAAAAUAUUGUUUUCCAAAGUUGAAUUUUCUAAAAAAGUUGACUUCUUGCUUCACCCCCUCAGAGAAAUGUUUAUUAUCAGGGAGUAAAGAUUUGAACCUCAGAGAAAGCAUUACCAGAUUCAAUAGAUUAAAUUAUCUUCGAAUUCAGGAUUCCAAGUUCAUUAAGAAAAUUCCAAAGCUUCCAGAAAGUAUAAGACAAGUAAAUGCAACAAACUGCAUCUCGUUGAAUUCAGAAUCAUUAAGAAAAUUAAUCCUUCAGUUUGGAAGAAAUAUAGGGCUUUCACCAAAUAUGAAAUGUUCAGGUGUGAAAAACAAAGUAUUAAUGGAUUCGCAUUCACAUCGCAAAUUAUCGAAUCAGAUUGAUUGUUCUUCCCGGGUCUCCCUCUCCAAGCUCAACGCAAUUCAAGAUGAGUCCUUUCCCACUCUAGAUGCGUAUCUGGUUGAUUAUGGAGAGAGAUAUGAUAUUACAGUACCAGGAAAGAAGAUUCCGAAUCGGAUCAAUCAUCAAAGCAUUGAAAGUUCCAUAUCAUUCUGGGUUGGUCCUGAGUUUCCAUCAAUUGCUGUUUGUGUUGCUAUUCAUCUAAUUCCGUUGAAGGACAGUUACGCUAAUAAUGAUAAGUACGGUUCUAUUCGUGAUGAUUUAAUCGAUUGUUAUUUGGAUAUUCACAUUUCUACUGAUAGUCGUAAGCGACGUCUCAUGGGUGGCCAAUAUUUAUAUGAUUUGAAGUGUGAUCAUCUGUGGUUUUACGGUGAACCUCACAGCCGAUUACAGAGGAAAUUUGGAGACUUGAUGCAAGGUGAUCGGAAUCAUGUUGAGAUUUCAUGUAAAAUCCAUCAUUGGGCAAGUAGAAACGGAAACUACGCUCCUGUGAUUGCAAGGAUGGGAGUACAUGUGGAAUGCGUAUGUCCUCAGAAUUCCAUUAUCAUCCAACACAAUUCUCAAAAUGUUGCUAACGAUACAGAGCUCGCACCUUUACUAUCUCCAAAUGGUUCACAGACGGACUCAGACGCAGGAGACACUUCUUGAAGGCGUCCAGUGGAUAUAGCAAAUGGGCUUGACUUAUGUUUGGGCAUUGACUCAGCAGAUGGUAAUGGGUUUGAUUUGGGUUCUUCUUCAAUAGCCAAUCCCUUUAUAAAAAGAUGACUCCAUUUUCAAUCUGUAUCCACCGUCAAAGAAACCGAGUCCGAUGCGAAGAAAUAUGCCCAGUGUGGAGUGUGGAUUGUCAUUAUGAUAGAGGAGGGGUGCUGAGGCAAGUUUCAUCAGGGGAAGGUGAGGUGGAGAGAGGUUUGGUUGAACAAGACUGCUAGAUCAGAGAGGUUUCAGGAAAUUUGGAGGAAGUGAAACCUGGUUUAGGUCCUGUCAAGCUCUUGGAAUGAUCUUAAAACUUUGGUGGCUUCUUUUCUCAUUUCUUUUAAAGCUCACAAUUCCUCAAGCUGCACCUUUAGAAUGAAGCAAGUUAUUUAUAUCAGCCAAUAUUGCUCUUUGGCCCUUAUCCCUUCCAUAUUCUUGCAAAUAAUUUGAUCAUCCUAUUGUUGUCCUCCUUUAAUGCACCUGUUUUCCUCUCUGAUCUAGGGUAGUCUUUUGCCAGCUCCUCUUGAAGUUGUUCACUUUAGCCCCUAAAAACUGAGCAGAUGCUUGUACUAUUCAUAGCAUGUGUUAUGAGUUUGUUAUGGGCAAAUUGGAUCAGGCUUUUUGUUGCCAAUAUGACCAUUGCAAAAGCAGGUCAGCCAACAGUGGCCAUGGCUAGCUGCUUUGCUGAGCCAAUGUUUGACAUGCUUGUUGGGCUUGGAACAGCUUUGACAAUACAAAAACCAAUGUUUAUCCAAAUGCUUACGGGAAUGGUGACUGCAUUGUCUUCCUGUUAUUGAGCUUGAUGGGGCCUGUACUGAUUUCGAGUUCAAUGUUUAUCCAAAUACAAACAACGGCCAUUGUCAAAGCAGGUCUAAAUCUGUAUUUUGUUUAUACUGAAAAGGUCAUAGGUAGAAGGUUGAAUAUGUAAGACUGGAAGCGGGCUUAACGAAGAAGAUGUGUAUUGGUUAGUCUACAGAUAAGAUAACUACAGCACAUUAGCUCCACCAAAUAACUCCAGACUAUAUAACCACAUCAAGCGGUAAAAAUUAUCAACAUGAGUUGAAGAUCGCAAGUGAUAUAAAGAGUGUAAACUAUUCAUAAAAUAUAAAAAUAAAGUGUAUAAACAUAUUCUUUUCAUUUGU